AUGCUCCGGGAGCAUUUUGCAUAUGUACCAGGUGUUCUGGAGCAGCAAGUAAAAGAGCACAUGACUGAUUCUGCCCAGGGUCGAGAUGCUCUGAUGUUAGUCAUGGAUGAAUUUCAAGCAGCAGGCGUCCAGGAGAUGGCCACAGUUCUACCCGUGCACCAGUUGAAGCUAGCUGAACGAAUGCUUGAGAUCAAUACCCGCUUAGCCGUGGAAACUGCGUUCGACCGUCUGAGAUUCAUUAAGAAAGUACCUGACGGACUUAAGACCGACUUGCUCUUGAUGGUAUCAUCAUGCUUGAUUCGUCUCAAUCGGGAUCAGGAGGCCUACAACUACUUGAGGCACUGGACAUCACCAGACGCCAUCGCCGACCAUGACUCGUCCGGUCCACCCAAGAUCUUCUGGAACAAGAGCGACUAUGACUUACUCGAGUCGCCCGAGCUCUUCUAUGACAAGGCGCCAUCUAUGGCUUUCAUGGGCACAGUUUUCCUGCUGAAGCUGCGAAUCUUGCAAAGUUUGGAAAUAGCCCAAGAGUGGAAGGAGAUGAUGGGUGACGAUAUGGAUCGAGAAGCUAUCGAGCAGGUCAGGAAAUCCGGCAGCGGACCCAUCACAAAGGAGCAUAUCCAAGCCGGGAAGCUAGAGGACAAUGCCAACAGGCUCAUUCAUGACCUCGGCCAGAUGUACGCUUUUGUGAAGGAAGGGCAAUCGGACUUUUGGAUAAAGCUACCUACAACACACCAGAGUUUGGAACCUCGCCACGAUUGCACAGGUCUCGAAACUUGGCCUAUGCUACACUGCUAUAGGGCUUUCGCCGAUACUGAGCGCGGCCUUGAAUACCUCCGAUCCUUCACCGAAGUUGGGGAGAAGAUUAGUGCGAGUACCCAUUGA